GUCGGCGACCCCUGUGUUUAACUCUUACCAGAACGACAGGAGAGAAGCCCAGAAAGACAGGCCACAGGCCGCUAGGUGCUGGUGACAGGCAGGUGACGCUUGGCGGAAGGAUAUCUCACGACCGCAGCUCGCUUGGUAAUACGACUCAUAUAUAAGAGCAGAGCACCGCCGUUGCCACCUCAUUGUUUCCUGUCCCCGAGCGCAGAGGUUGUUGUGGUGGCCGUGUGCGCAGCACCUCCCGCGCGGCGCGGAUACGAGCAACCCCCCCUCCCCUGGCCGCCAUGGCUCUUUAAGGCGGCAGGGCCAGCGGCGGCAUCGGCCAGUGCAGCAGGCGCAGCAGCAGCGGCGGCGGCCUCAGCACAUCCCCGGCAUCUGCAACCAUGGCGUUUUUCACGGCACCCCACAGCAGCAUUGCUGUAGUCGACGAAAAAACCUUCUACUUGUCCACAUCCUUCGACAUCAAAGCGUUAAAAGCUGACGAAAAUGAGCUUCUUGAACAACGAGAUGCUGUUGGGGGAUUCAAUAUCCCCCUUCAGCCAGCCGUGUUCGGUGGCUGAGGAAAGUCUGGGACUCAUAGAUGACUACCUGGAGGUGGCCGAGCCCCUCGGUUCGCAUGGGUUCUCCAGCGACAAGGCUAAGGCAGUCUCCUCCAAUUGGCUUGCUGUGGACAGUUUAGGCAACACCAUAGAUAGCAGCCAGGAGGAUGCCUUCUCUGGCAUGGAGUGGAUGGUGGAGAAGAUGGAUCUGAAGGAAUUUGAUUUUGAUGCCCUGUUAGGUAUGGAACAUCUGGAAGCCACCGUCUCACCAGACGAGCUGAUGGCCACGUUGGAAGACUCGUGUGAUCUAUUUAAUGCUACCAUCCAGGAAUUUCACAACAAAGAACUUCCACUGAUGAAUAACGUAACCACCCAUCUCCCUGAAUCCCCAGUUGGAGCAGAUCCAAUGGCUCCAUUGGCUUCCCUUUGGUCUCUUCCCUUUUCCCCAGGGUCUCUGACUUCCACUCCAGACCACUCAUUUAGUUUAGAGCUAGGUAGUGAAGUGGAUGUUCUGGAAGGAGAAAGAAAAUGGGAGUGCCCCACUGUUGUGGUGGUGAUCACCAAGUCCGAGAAAGAGGAGGAGAACCACUCUGAUGAUAGUGGAAUAUGCAUGAGCCCAGACUCCUACCUGGGAACCCCCCAACACAGCCCCACCAAUUCAGUUGGAUCCCCCAAUGGCAACCAGUUCCCUGCAGAUGCCCCUGGUGGCUCUGUGCGGUCCAAACCAUACGAUCAUCCUGCAGAGAAGGUAGUGUCAGCAAAGGUGAAAGGAGAAAAGAAGAUAGAUAAGAAACUAAAAAAGAUGGAGCAGAAUAAGACUGCUGCCACACGUUACCGGCAGAAGAAGAGGGCGGAACAGGAGGCACUGUCUGGGGAGUGUAGAGAGUUGGAGCAGAAGAACCAGGCCCUGAAGGAGAAAGCAGAUUCCCUUAGUAAGGAAAUUCAGUACUUAAAAGAUCUGAUAGAAGAGGUCCGCAAGGCCAAGGGCAAAAGAACUAGAGUUCCCGAGUAGGGUAGUCAGCAGUGUUGUGUGCAUGUAUAUAAGCUUCCUGCUAAAGCUGUGUAUUGCUGUCUAAUAAAUAAUUUUGUAGUAAAUGUGCAA